AUGUCUGGAAGAGAAGGUGGUAAAAAGAAGCCUCUGAAAGCUCCCAAGAAAGAUAACAAGGAAUUGACAGAUGAUGAUAUGGCGAUGAAGCAGAAACAAAAAGAACAACAGAAAGCGUUGGAGGAAGCCAAAGCCAGAGCAUCACAAAAAGGUCCAAUGGGAGGUGGUGACCAUUCCUUUGUGACAUUGUACAAGAACACAGAUCAUUUGCGAAGAACUGAUGCAAGUACACAGGUGCUGUCUAUUUUCAUGCCUGCAGCUCGCACUUGUGUCACCGGGCCAGUUGAGUCGAGCUAUUGUCACGCCAGUAUACAGAUGCAGUAG